AUGACUUUGUUCCCCACCAAGUUUGAAAAUGGGAAGAUUGAGUACAAGAUAAGGUACAAGGGGAGAUCAAGGCCAUUCUCUAGAGCCAAAGCCUUGGCUAAGUUUGGGGGUGCCAACUCGAGCUCGAUCGAGUUGGGUGUAAAAACCAGAAAAGUGGUCUUUUGGAGCAUUCUGGAGCAUAUGGGACGUGAGGAGCAUGGAGGACUUGGGCAUGGACGCAGCUCAACUGGAUACGCAAAGGAAGAAGGAGGAAGCCAUCUUGAAGACCAGCUCGACCACUACUCGACCAACCGGUCGAGUUCCUCAACUCGACCGGCCAAGCUUCAACUCGAUCGAGCUGAGAAGUCAACAGUCAAACCCGAAAAAUGUUGCUUCCCCCUUGACUUCCCUUUGACCCUAAACCUAAUCCUCUUGUAUUUAAAGGCUCUAAGCCACGAAAAAACCACCAAGCUUUAG